CCGGUGUGGGGAGGUUCGCCGAGGCGGAGGGUCUGGGGCGGGGGGCUCGCAGGGCUCACCCCGUGCGGGGGCGGUGCGGAAGGAGGAGCGCGGGCACCUGCGGCUGCCGCCCCCCGCACGGACACACGGACGCGCGUGCGCAGACGCCGCCGUCCCCCCCGUCGGUGCCCGGCGCUGAUCCCGGCGGCGGCGGCUGCGCCGGUUCCCGCACGUCCCGGCGGCCCGACGCGCCCGCCCCGCUGCGCUCUUGGGCAGCGGCCUCGGGGGAGGCCGGCAUGGCGGAGAGCCCGGGGCGGCCCGGCGCCCCGCCGCCGGAGGGGAGCGACGUCCCGCGGGAGGGAGGCGAUGAGGAAGCGGCGGCUGGGGGGGAGCCGCAGCCCGGGGCGUCCCCUGAGGGGGCGGCGGAGCCUCCGGACGGGCCCCCCGCCGGCGAGGCGCCGCGGCUGAGCGGGGAGUCGGCGGCUGUGCAGGAGCUGUCCGCUGCGGCGGUGCCCCCCGGGGCCGGCGGCGGGACGGGGAGCGGCGCACCCGAGGGGGCGGCGGAGACCCCGGGCGGGCCCGGAGCGGAGCGGCAGGCACCGGCGGGGGCUGAGCAGCGAGAGCUCCGCGGGGGCAGCCCGGGGGCCGAGUGUCUGCCAGGAGGGCAACUGGUGGCAGCGGCCGCGGGGGUAAACGCAGCCGAGGGCUCCGCAGUGGCGAGGGCAGACCCCGAGGACGUGGCGGUGGCCCCAACGGGGACGGAGCCCAAGGAAGCAGCCCCGGCGGGGACAGACUCCGAGGACGCGGCCGUGGCCCCGACGGGAACGGAGCCGGCGCCGGCGGGGCCAGACCCCGAGGAGGCAGUGAGGGAGGCAGCUCCUACGAAGAUAGACAGAGAGGAGGCAGGGACAGACCCCGAAGAGGCAGUGAGGGAGGAAGCCCCGGCGGGGUCAGACCUUGAAGAGGCUGCGGCGGCAGCCCCAGAGGGGAGAGACCCCGAGGAGGCGCUAAGGCAGGCGGUCCCAGAGGGGAGAGACCCCGAGGAGGCUGCGGCGACAGCUCUGUCGGGGAAGGAACCCGAAGAGGCGCUAAGGCAGGCAGCCCCAGAGGGGAGAAACCCCGAAGAGGCUGCGGGGACAGCUCCGUCGGGGAGAGACCCUGAAGAGGCGCAAAGGCAGGCGGGCCCAGAGGAGAGAGACCCCGCGGAGGCUGCGGCGAGAGCCCCGGCGGGGACAAUCCCCGAAGAUGCAGUGUGGGAGGCAGCCCCGGCGGGGACAGUCCCCGAAGAUGCAGUGUGGGAGGCAGCCCCGGCGGGGACAGUCCCCGAGGAGGUGGCGGCCCCGUCGGGGAGCGAAGCGGCUCCCGAGAGCUGCGGGGAAGCAGAGGUGGCGUUGCCGCCCGGAGGGGAGGCCGACGGCGGACGCCGGUCGCCGGACGGUCCCGACGGCGAGGACGGAGCGGAGGCGGCGGAGCGGGGAGACGCUGCCCCGGCGGGGGCAGGAGCGGGGGGCGCGGCCCCGGGGGCAGGGGAAGGCGGCGCGGCGGCGGAGGGGCAGCGCGGCGGGUCCCCGGGCCCCGAGGGCGGCGAGUGGGACGCGGCAGGUCGGAGCCUGAACGGCGUGCGGGGCCGGGCAGAGGACGAGGAGGACGAAACGGGCUCGCCGGCCGCCGUGGAGGAGGAAGAGGAGGACGAGGAGAAGCAGGAACACGACAUCUCCCUCUUCGUCAAGGCUGGCAGUGAUGGGGAAAGUAUUGGAAAUUGCCCGUUCUCUCAGCGUCUCUUUAUGAUUCUGUGGCUAAAAGGUGUCAUAUUUAAUGUCACAACCGUGGAUUUGAAAAGAAAGCCUGCUGACCUGCAGAACCUUGCCCCAGGAACAAACCCCCCCUUCAUGACAUUUGAUGGUGAAGUGAAAACUGAUGUCAAUAAGAUCGAGGAGUUCUUGGAAGAAAAGCUAGCACCGCCCCGGUAUCCCAAACUUGCACCGAACCACCCUGAGUCAAACUCUGCAGGAAAUGAUGUGUUUGCAAAAUUCUCUGCAUUCAUAAAGAACCCAAGAAAAGAUGCUAAUGAAAAUUUGGAAAAAUCUUUGCUUAAAGCCCUGAGGAAGCUGGACAACUAUUUAAAUAGCCCCUUGCCUGAUGAAAUCGAUGCUUACAGCACUGAGGAGAUCACUGUUUCCAGCCGGAAGUUCCUGGAUGGAGAUGAGCUCACCUUAGCGGAUUGCAACCUCCUACCAAAGCUCCAUAUAAUCAAGGUUGUUGCAAAAAAAUACAGAAAUUUUGAUUUUCCACCUGAAAUGACAGGGAUUUCAAGAUACUUGAACAAUGCAUAUGCAAGAGAUGAAUUUACAAAUACUUGUCCUGCUGAUCAAGAAAUUGAAUAUGCCUAUUUGGAUGUUGCAAAGAGAAUGAAGUAAACAGAAGAUGCCUCCGUUCUUUAUAGCUUCUGAGAUUUAGAUGGGCACCAGCCAAGAUGGAAAAAGCAAAAGCCACCAUACAUUCUGCAGUGUAAUUUUAAGUUCUGCUAUUGGCCAAUACUUCUUUUAUAAUGAUUGUAUAGCAUUAUUUGCUCGUUCUUAAAUUAUGUAUGUAUAUGUUUGUGUGUCUGUACAGAUGUCUGCACACAUGAAUGUCUGUUGUGCAUUACAAGUUAAAGAAAGGCAUCAGUCAAUAUUAAAGCAUUUAUUGAAGUUAGGGGAACAGUGUAGGUCACAUGAUUAUAGCAAUAUUACAGACUAGUGACUUAUGCUAAAUUACUGAAAUUUGAGAAGAAAUAGCCCUGUUUCUAACACACAUUUAACCUGUCGUUAUUGCUGCCUCUGAUCUCUGUUUCACAGUUGUUGCCAAACUUCACAGUUACCAGGAGGGUUUGUUUGCUUCUCUGCAAGCCUUGGAGGGCCACAAGCCAGCAGCUGGUGCCCAUACAGUGCCCUGGUUAACCCAGGAGAGAGGCCAGCCUGUAGGUGGGACCACACCUUAUGUCCCGGAGGCCCUCUCCUCCAUGCUAGAGACCUGCAGGACAGGUCAAUGAAGAACAACUCCUUUUUACAUUGCAUGAGUCUGCUUUGAUAUAAAAAAAUAAAUUUUAAAAAAUUCCUGCCUUCUCUCUCAGGGCUGCAUAACCCAUCAAACUUCCCUCUCGGCGCUCCCAAAGAGAGGAACACAGACUAUCACUGGUGUAUGGACUAUCAGACAAUAGAAACUUGACAAGGGAGGAGGGAGAGGCUUGGUUGUCACUGGAGACAGAAGAAAUGGGUGAACAUCUGCCCCCAGAUACUGAUGUAGAUUCUCUUUCUCAUGCUUCCAUGACUCUCAUUUGGUUUUGGAAAGCAAAGAGGAAAGAAACAGUCCCUCUAUACUUCCUUUUCCUAAUUAAGCUCCAGCAUAUUGGCUUUCCCAGGGCAGCUGUUAGGACUUCACUGCUGGGAGCUUUACAGCUGAUCCAGACAGGUAUCUUCCAGGAACAACACAGACCUACCUCCUGCCUUAGGCAGGGCAUGGAUUAGAUGAAACCCUCCAGCCUUGCGUGAGUCUGUGUUCAAGGUGGUCAGUACUGGUGAGAAAGACCCCCUAGCCUGGCAUCAGGGAGCGCACUAUUAGAGCUGUGUGGACUACGAAAAGAGAUGUCCACAGCCGCUUUCUGCUGAGCAGGCCCUCAGCAAGCACACAGGAGCAAUGCUUCAGUCAUAGGGUCACCUGGAAGUUUCAUUCUGAUGGAUUUUGCCUGUGUGUACAUAAUAGAUGUGAAAAUGGCUAAAAAUAGCCUUUACAGCACCUCCUGCCACGAAAAGACGCUAUAAUAAGACCAGUCAUUCAUCCUUGCCCAUGUCAAACAUACACCUGCUUUCUAACAAAGCAUUACUUAAUAGUAAUAGUCAAGUGUCAGAUAUAUUGUGUUUGUGGUGUCUUCAUCUCACACACUACACAGUUCUGAUGCAAAUGUGUUGUCAUCACAAUUAUUUGUAAGCAGUGUUAAAUGUAGUUUUACUUCGGCUUUAGAGAAAACGGACAAAAUACCUUUCCCCUCUCACUCUCAACUGUGAACUCUCAUAUUGGGGUUGGUAACUGAACACUCAUCACAUAUUACUAACUGUUUCAAAUACAUACAUACAUAUAUAUUACAUAUUAAAAAUUAAAUCUGUAUACUCUUUUCAUAUGCCUUACAAAUUUAAAUAGAAAAUAUACAAAUUCAUAAGUAAUUUGAGUAGUGUUCUGUCUUUUAUUUCCUUGAAAAUUUCCUGGCAAGCUGCAUUGUAACAGUGACCGAGAUUUUAAGAAAUACAAGGCAAAAUUUAACCCAACUUUCACUUGUUUUGGAGGAAUCAUACAUGUUUCAGACCUGCAGUGAGAUCUUGGGAGCAAUACAUACUGGCUGUGCCUGUUAUAAUAAAAUACCAAAGGGCCAGCAUGUGAUCCUUGACUGCCAAGUCACCUACAACUGUCCCACAUCCAUGCUGCUUUGGGGCUGGCCACAUUUGUAACUGUUCUGUCUUGGCAAGAUCCAACUGGGGUGAUCCAAAACAGCCAGGGACUGCCCAGACUGCUCAGCAGCUCUUGCAGAAAUCCAAAUGCAGAAGAUGGCUCCUGGCUCUCUCUUCUCACCAUAAAUACAGUUAUGGCUGUUUAUCAUCAAUAAACAACAAGAGAGCCUAGGCUAUCCUCUGGCCUUGAGAGCACGUAGCAAUGUGUGGUUCACAUCCAUAUGGCUCGUUUCUAUCUCCUAGAAACAGGGUGGCCACGCUGGUUGUGGG